AUGGCAGUGGACAUCCUCGACGGCGCCAUCCGCAAGUACCCGAAGCGGCUGCAGAAGCGCGAGUGCAACUACACGAGCGGCAGCGAGGAGUCUGGGCAGAGCGCGGGGCCGCAGCCGCAGCCGCAACGCUCCGACGACAUCGCCACCUACCCGUUCGUGGCGUCGGUGCUGCGCAUGGGCGCGCACUACGCCACCGGCGCGCUCGUCGACAAGCGCUGGGUGCUCACCGCCGCCGGCGUCUUCUACAACGUUCGCGAGUCCAUAAAGCUGUACCGCGCGCGGCUGGGGUCGGUGAACUGCAAGCGCGGCGGGAUCGUGAUGCCGCUGCAGCAGAUCGUGGUGCACCCGGCGUACCUGCCCGGCAAGCCCGAGAGCGACCUGGCCAUGCUGCGCCUGGCGCACCCCGUCGCCGCCAGCCCCUCCGUGCACCCCGUCAGCCUCACCGAGCGCAAGGGCAAGGUCGAGAUCACCAAGUUCCUCACCAUGUACUGGCCGAGGCUCAUUGUGGACGGCAAGGCGCUGCCGGCGGACGCGAAGGAGCGGCAGCAGCACACGAGCAUGCGCGUGUCGACGCAGCGCGUGCUGCCGUGGAAGCAGUGCUGGCGCGCGCUCAGCUCGCGUCUGCAGGACCUCACGCAGAACAGCUUCUGUCUGCGCCCGCUCAAGCAGUUCCACACUCUAUGCCUGCCUGACGUGGGGGCGCCCGUGCUGUCGUCGGACGGGCUGUGGGGCAUCAUCUCGGGCUGGAUGGGCGAGCCCUGCAGCUUCCAGGACCCGUGCCCCGUGGUGGUGGCGCGCGUGUCGCCGCCCGCCAUACGCUACUGGCUCGAGUCGCAGUUCGAACUUGAGGACUAGGACUUCACAAUCUGGACAUUUCUCUUAUGCUAUCUACAAGAGCUCAUAUUCCAAUCUGCUCUGGAAAAUGAGGUUUGAAACUCACAGGAGGAGGAUAAUGAAAAAUGAUGUAUCCGGUCACCAACCGAUUCAAUGCAAUUGAGGAGGCUAGUACCUACACAGUAUUGGACUCCAGAGCUCCCUAGGAAAAUGAAAAAAUUGCCACGAUGAAAAACACUAUUCAGACGUUAGGGUCCUUCGUAGUUCGUAGUUUUUAACUACCAGGUCAUGCUUUUUGAAGAUCCAUGUGAUCCUGGGCAUUUGUGCCUGUGGAGAUCUUUGUAAUUUGUACGGUCAUUCUCAAAAAAUGUGCCGCAACGCAAAACAAAUACUACCAAGCAUACGACCAGCCUGUUGGAAGCAAGUCAUCAGAUGUAAAAUGAACGUUUGUCCGAGGGCGUAUCUCUACUCGCUAAACCACUCGUGUAAUGUAACCCAAUGUUUAAACUUAAUCAAAAUACUCAUUUCUUGUUCCUAUUAGGUAUUAGGUACCUAGCUACUAAGGUAGUUUUUACAUAGGUUUCAGCUAAGUUAGUACCUACCUAUGGGUUUUUAUAACGUGUGGCGAUGUCACCACCGAAGUGUCAAGUGCAUGUCAAGUUGUAAGGGCGGAUUCAGAGUAGCGUUCUACGAGCGUGUACGCAUCACACAUCAAACUAAUGUAGCUAGAGAAGGGUACCACUCGUGUGCGUGUGCCUGAAGAACCGUAAACGCGACUGACACCGCUCCUACGACGUUACUAAGAUAAAAUAAAUAGUGAA